UGCACGGAUCAAAAUCUAGUAUUAAUUUAAAGCACAACAUUUUCCUUGUCUACAAUCAAAAAUCUCAGAAGUCUCUCAAGUCUAACUCAGAGUCCUAGAGAAGAAGAAGAAGAAGAAGAAGAUGUCGUGGCAAUCGUAUGUUGAUGACCACCUUAUGUGCGAUGUCGAAGGCAACCACCUCACCGCCGCCGCUAUUCUCGGUCAAGACGGCAGUGUCUGGGCUCAGAGCGCCAACUUCCCUCAGUUGAAGACUGAAGAAAUCAAUGGAAUCACUAAGGAUUUUGAGGAGCCUGGGUUUCUUGCCCCAACCGGUUUAUUUCUCGGUGGAGCUAAGUACAUGGUUAUUCAAGGUGAACCAGGAGCUGUGAUCCGAGGGAAGAAGGGACCUGGAGGCGUUACUAUCAAGAAGACGACUCAAGCCUUGGUCAUUGGUAUCUACGAGGAGCCCAUGACUGGAGGUCAAUGCAAUUUGGUUGUGGAGAGGCUCGGGGAUUACCUCAUCGAGUCUGAUCUCUAAAUUUAUGUUUCUUCUUUAACUAAAGGAAUGCCAUUCCCUUUUUCAUUGUGAUUGAUUUUAAUAACGCAAUCGAUUUGAUGAUACUGUAGAACCAAAUAUCUUUGUUGUUGGUCUUCCGGGUUUGGAUUUGUGUGUCUCUUGUAAUGGCAUUUGAUAAUAUCUUUUGUUGGUCAUCUUUUAUUGGCUUUCUCGAUU